AUGGACCUUAGUCAGGCUGUUGAGUGGAGCCGUGAGGAGAAUGUGGAGUUGUGUCAUGCCAUUUUACUUAGCAGAGUGCCAUUGGAGGCCACUGAUGAUGUGGUUAGCCGUGUGCUCAGCACAGUUAAGGUUCUGGGUAGGACCCGGAUACGCGGUCGCCGUGGUGACAAGACUGGUAGGCACCUGUACAUUUUAGUCGAGACUUCUGCUGAGUUGGAUCAGAGCUCUGUCCCUCCUGAAGUGGGAAUUGUAGGUGAGGCAGGUCCAUGGGCUGUUCAUGUAGUGAGUAGUUUGCUGCCUGCUAGUCCUGUUCUUGAAAGUGAUGGAUUCGAAGCCAAGCUAUUUUCAUUAUUACAGCAGGAAGGCAAGUCUAUGGGUGAUGUGAAGGCUGUUUUGGGCACGCAGCCUCCUAAACCUGAUGUCAGCAUGGAUCUUGUGAAUGCCAUAGGCCAGCUCGUUGAUCGCUGUAACCAGGCAUCUGUUGAUGUGCCUGGCUAUAGAAAACUGAGGCUGUUUUCCGGUUUACGGCCCGUUCCCCCAGGCGAGGAAGAAUAUGAGGCCUGGAUGGAGCAGGCUACUCAGAUGAUUACUGAGUGGCAGUGCAGUGAUGCUGCUAAGCGACAGCGCAUUGUUGAGAGUUUGCGUGGGCCUGCUGCGGAUAUAGUAAGGUUUUUGAAAGUCAGUAGCCCAUCUGCUACUGCUACUGAUUACUUAACCGCUCUUGACACUACUUAUGGAUCAACUGAGAGUGGGGCAGACCUUAUGGCAUCGUUUCGCCAUACUUUUCAAGAAGAUGGUGAGAAACUUUCUGCUUUCUUGUAUCGCUUGGACAAGCUUCUCCACCGUGCUCUUUUGAGAGGAGGGAUUGAAGCUGCAGGCCUGAAUCGUGCACGUCUGGAGCAGUUGUUCAAGGGUGCUCUCACCACUGACAUUGUGGCUUUACGUGUGCGACUUCUGCACACUUUGCAAGCUCCGCCUUCUUUUUCCCAGUUAAUGCGAAAUGUGAGAGAGGAAGAGCACUGGGUAAGUGCAAGGGAGAGUGCAAAGGUUUCUGUGGCCUCAUCUACAUUUUGCCAGGUUCCUGUGACUGCUGCUGUCGCUCUUCCUCAUGUGCCUGUUACUCCCCUGGCGUCUGAGGUUGACAGUCUGAGGAAAGAGGUCAAGGAGCUGACGUCUUUAGUAACUAAACUUUUGACUGCUACUACCGUGGCUCCUGAAAAUCCUCAAGUCUCACAGUUUGGUGUAAGCCACAGCACAGAAACCACAGCCCCAGCUGUUCCCACAAGGGCUGUUUCUUCGAACCUGCCGAAGUCUACGACAUCCUCUUCUGUUCCUGCCAUUUUUUGUUACAAGUGUGGAGAAGACGGCCACACCAAGCGAGAGUGCACACGCCCUGAGAACUUGAGGGUAGUGAAUCAGAAGCUGCUUAAGAGGGUCACGCAGCAGGGAAACUUCCCCGGAGCUCAGUGA